CGCUGUCAAACUAACUGUCAUAACGACAUCGCGAUACGGAUUUGUCAAAACAGCCUUAGGGUGGGUUGCACCAUCUUAGUUUAACUUUGACAAACGUCUAAAAUCUGUCAAACUCCAUACAUAAAACACCGGUUAACGUCAUAGUUACGGUCAAAGUUAGGUGGUGCAACUCACCCUAUUGUUUUUCGAUCGAAUCGAAGCUUAUCACCGGGGUUUUAGUAAUCGCAAUGAAAAUGGCGGGUUUUGCGAUUCGAUUCGAUUUUGAUUGAAUCUUAAGUGCAUGUUGGCUAAGCCUUUGUAUGGGAAAUUUCAAUCCAGUCUUUCGAUUAUCGAUAGGUAGGGCUUUGCGAUUCGAUUUUUUGCCGUUUGACUAAGCCUUUUUUGUUAUCGACCUCUUUUGCGAUUUGUUUAUUUGUUUGCGACUGGUUUGCGAUGGGUUUGCGAUUUUAAAGUGCGUUUUGACUAGACCCACUGCUCUCUGUUUACGUCUAUGCUUCGCUGUCAAACUAGCUGUCAAAACGACAUCGCGAUACGGAUUUGUCAAAACAGCCUUAGAGUGGGUUGCACCAUCUUAGUUUAACUUUGACAAACGUCUAAAAUCUGUCAAACUCCAUACAAAAAACACCGGUUAACGUCAUAGUUACGUUUAAAGUUAGGUGGUGCAACUCACCCUAUUGGUUUUCGAUCGAAUCCAAGGCUCCAAGCUUAUCACCGGGGUUUUAGUAAUCGCAAUGAAAAUGGCGGGUGUUGCGAUUCGAUUCGAUUUUGAUUGAGUCUUAAAUGCAUGUUGGCUAAGCCUUUGUAUGAGAAAUUCAAUCCAGUCUUUCGAUUAUCGAUAGGUAGGGCUUUGCGAUUCGAUUUUUUGCCGUUUGACUAAGCCUUUUUUGUUAUCGACCUCUUUUGCGAUUUGUUUAUUUGUUUGCGACUGGUUUGCGAUGGGUUUGCGAUUUUAAAGUGCGUUUUGACUAGACCCGCAGGCCAUGCUUUUUGCGCGUUGCGCGUUACAUUUUUCUUUAGUCUAUGGUAAUAAUGGCUACUCGUUCUAUGUUGCGCGGUAUUGCGUGAUCCCGCCCGGUGGUUAAUUUUGAUGUGACUAUGGCAAAAGGAGAUAAAGAAUUAGAAAAACCUAUAGUGAACAAUGAAUUACCUACUCCGGAUUGUAGAAGUGUUGAUCAUGAUGACACAGAAUCGACACAGGAGCAGCCUUUGGAUAUAGGGGAGCAUUAUUUGGUUCGGCGAUCGGAUGAGUCAUGGCACCCGGCUGAGAUUAUACAGACGCGAUACAAUGCCGCUGAGGGGAAUUACGAGUACUAUGUCCACUAUGUGGGCUACGAUAGAAGACUGGACGAAUGGGUUUCCCGCCAUCGGGUCAUGUCCGAUAGGUUUGACAUGUGCGAACAAUCAAAUAACAACAUCAACUCUGACCACCUCCUCACCGACAAAUCGGGCCGAAAAAUAACAAGAAAUCAAAAACGUAAACACGAUGAAAUCAAUCAUGUACAAAAGUCAUACGCUGAGAUGGACCCGACCACGGCGGCUCUCGAGAAGGAACACGAAGCUAUCACGAAAGUCAAAUACAUCGACAGGAUACAAAUCGGCAAGUACGAAAUUGACACAUGGUAUUUCAGUCCUUAUCCUGAUGAGUACGGAAAACAAUCAAAACUUUGGAUUUGUGAGUACUGCCUGAAGUACAUGAGGAUGGAAAAGACGUAUAGAUAUCAUCUAAGUGAGUGCACAGCGCGACAACCACUAGGCAACGAAAUCUACAGGAAAGGCACCAUAGCAAUAUUUGAAGCAGACGGCAAAGAACAUAAAAUUUAUUGCCAGAAUUUAUGUUUGUUGGCGAAGUUGUUCUUAGACCACAAAACAUUAUAUUUUGAUAUUGAACAGUUUUUAUUUUAUAUAUUGUGCGAAGUUGAUAAGCAAGGAGCACAUCUUGUCGGUUAUUUCUCUAAGGAGAAAGAUUCUCCCGAGGGAAAUAAUGUUGCCUGUAUAUUGACAUUACCUCCUUAUCAGAGGCAAGGCUACGGUAAGUUGCUCAUUGCUUUCAGCUACGAAUUAUCUAGACUGGAACAGGUUGUUGGAAGCCCUGAGAAACCAUUAUCAGAUCUAGGGAAACUAAGCUAUAGAUCAUACUGGUCCUAUGUCUUGCUGGAAGUGCUAAGUGCCAGUAGAGGCACUCUGAGUAUCAAAGAUCUGAGUCAGAUGACAGGUAUAUCUCAGACGGACAUAAUAUCAACAUUGCAGUCAAUGAACAUGGUGAAGUAUUGGAAAGGCCAACAUGUAAUCUGUGUCACACCAAAGAUUGUAUCAGAGCAAUUGGCCAGUUCUCACUUCAAGAAGCCUCGGUUGUCCGUAGACCCAUCUGCGCUACGAUGGACGCCCCCCAACAAACAAGGGAACUCUGCUAAAGCUAAAAAGUAGUACAGGCUUACAGGCACUGCUUAGAGAAUGUUAAAUUAGUCAGAAUCAAAAGCCUUCUCUAUGCUCAGGCCUGUUAUAAACAAUCUAUACUUAGUUUUUGUUUCAUAUGCAGUGGAUAGAUCAGUGCUAGAAGUAUUAUAAUUUGUAUUGUAAGUGUAAAAAUAUUUUAUGUAAGUGAAAAACAAACAAAUGUUGAUUAAGAUAAUUUUUACAGUGCAUUUGUUAAAAGUAAUGAGCUUUAUUACAUGAUUAAUAGUCAGGGAUAUAUCCAGUGAAGAAUGUUAUGCAUUUUUAUUGAAAAUAUUAAUUAAAACUGUAGAUUUGUGACUGCAAAUACUUGUCAUUUUAUGAUUUAAUAAUAAUAAAAUGUAAUUACAAAAUUCCAAUAUUAUUUAAUGUAUUCAAAUUGUUUGUUAAAAUUCUAAGUGUAGACCUAAAGUUUUUAGAAUUAAAAAUGUAGAUGUUAUUUUGAUCAUGAAAAUAAGUAAAUAAUGGUAGGUACUUCUAUAUAUUUUCAGUUUAUCAUAAUUUAGAAGUGUUUAAAAUCACUGCAGGCAUCUUUUCAGAGACUUGAGAGAUGGGGCUUAUCAUCCAGCAACAGUUAGGUAAAACUUAUUUGUUGUAACAAUUAUUGAUUGUGUGUAAAUUGAAGUUAAUCUGUUAUUAAUGUAAACCAUUUUGGACCAGGUUGAAUGAAUCCUGUGUAUAAAUCUGUCCAUUGCAAUUGCAGUAAAAUUAUUAGACAAAUCUAAAUAAUAGAUGGCUGUGUUGUAACUAUUUUUGUAUAAUCAGAUUGGAUUUGUUAAAAAUGUUGUCAGUUUAAAAAGGAAAACAAAUGCAUAAAUUGUAGUUAUAUUUUUUAAUAAUAGAUUAAUCUGUUGAUGCCCAAUUUCAGACAAAAUAGAAUACUAUUGUAAUGUUCAUGUAAGCAGGGGCAUGCCAAAAUAGGCAAUAAGGCAGUGCCUACCUUGCAAAUUUUCAUCAAUCAGUACCUAGUUUGUAUUUUGUAAGUAUCUACUGCCUACCUCAAAUUAAACUCAUUCUCGCCAUUGUCAGUGGGCACCAAUACAUUAAUUUUAACUACUUCUUGGGCUAUAUAGUUUUUUUAGUUUCCUUUAGGUAUUCACCCUUCCAUUAUAAUAUGAUCUGCUUACAUACAUAAUUUUAUUCAGUUCCUUUUUGUACUGGUAAUAGUGAUAUUAAUUUUAAGUUAUUAAUAAGUUAAUUUUUUGUAGAAAUUCCAUUAAGUACCUAAAUAAUCACUUUUCAUAACAAAAAUUUUUUUACAAGGGUAGCUAAGCUAUUUUAACAUUUGAAAAUCAUGAUUUUUAGAUUUAUUGUAAUAUUACAAAUUACAAUAGUUAAUAAUCGUGUGGGAUUUUGUUAUGAAAGGUGAAUGACUUAACACACCGUCUCCAAAAUGCGCGUUAAAAUUGCGUCACCUAUGAGGUGAUCAGUGAGUACUAAACAUUGUGAAAUAGUGUAGCUAUUUAUAGUACACUAUUGGCUGUCUCGAACAACGUGGUAUGUGUAAUAUAAUUAAGAUUAUUUUGUGUUGUAAGUAUUUUUACUCAUAAUUAACAUAAUUGCAAUGAUUUUUCUUGGUUCUUCGGCAGUUGCCUGCUGGUGGAUUGUUUUAGAAUGUAAAAAAGAUCCUCCCAUUGCAAAUUAAUUAGAUUCUGUGAAUCAUCUGUUUUCACUGUUUAUUUGUGAUAGUUCUUUAGCUGUAAGUGAAAAUGACAAAAAUAAAAGAAUAAAUUGCUAA